UUUCUUCGUGACGCCCAAUUUUCCUCCACGCCGGGGGAAUUACCACCGCCGAUCUCCAUCAUGGAUUUCCGCCACCAUGUCCCCGGCGGAUCUCCUUCCUCCUCAUCCACCACCUCUUCCUCCUCCCAAAACCCCAAUCACCGGAACCACAACGGCAGCACCGCCAUAACCACCACCACCACCACCACCACCAACAACAACAACAACAACGAUCCAAUGCACUCUUGGUGGGAAUCCAUCUCCAAAGCCCGAUCUCGCAUCCACCUCUUAUCCACACUUUUACCCGGACCCGAGCCUGACUCUGAAGACCCAAACCCGAUCUCAUCUCUUGCCGACUCCGAUGCUCCCGCACGCUCCCUCCUCUCUUCUCUCACCGCAUACACCGCCGUCUCCUCCUCUCUCACCUCCUCUUCUUUCUCUGGCUCCGGCGAGGAUUCCCUUUGUAACUGGCUCUACGAUACCUUCCUCUCAUCUGAUCCAGACCUCCGCCUUGUCGUCCUUGCCUUUAUCCCUCUCGUCGCCGGCCUCUACCUUUCUCGCAUUCACUCUCUUUCCUCCCAAACGCCAUCGCUUGCCGGAUUCGAAGCGGUACUCCUCGCUUUAUACUCGUCGGAAACCAAAUCUCGCGCCGGGAAACCCGUUCUCAUUUCCAUCCCCGAUCUCUCUCAGCCGUCACUUUAUCACUCUCCUAGGGUUAGCAACAGCAAGAAGAAACCUAGCUCAGCUAAAGUUAACCCUAAUUCUGGAUCGCAGCCUUCACGGCCUGCGGUUGGGAUACUAUCUCCUCCUCUGGAGCCCCAAACCGCUAUAAAGUCAACGAAACGUGCUAUCAUUGUAGGAGUUGCCCUAGAUUGUUACUACAAGCAGAUCUCUCAAAUGCCUAGCUGGUCGAAGCUCGAUUUCUGCAAGUUCGCCUCUGAUUGGGCUGGACAGGAUUGUGCUUGCAAGUCCGAAUUCGACCAAAACACUGAAGUUACAAACUUCUCUGAUGGUAUCGUUGAAGAUGGAAUCGAAAUUGAGGGGAACGUUGUGGAAGAGAUGAAAAAUUUGGAGAUUCAGGAUGAAAAUUCAGACAAGGUUGUUGCUAGAGGGACUAGAAUUCUGCUUCCAUGGGAAUUACUACAACCAAUGUUAAGGAUCUUGGGGCACUGUUUAUUGGGUCCCUUGAAUUCAAAUGACGUGAAGGAUGCAGCAUCUCUGGCUGUGCGGUGUUUGUAUGCUAGAGCUUCACAUGAUUUAGUUCCUCAGGCGAUUUUGGCUACUCGGAGUUUGAUUCAGCUGGAUAAGAGAACUCGUGAGGCUGCUGCAAUGGCUGCAGCAUCAGCUGCUAAUCCCGUGGGUUCUAAUGCUAAUACACCCAGUAAAGCCAAGAAACCUGAAAUCCUUUUAGUAUCAAAGUGAUGGCAGAGUAUGUAUUUCAUCUCAAUUUCAAAAAUUUCCUUUUUUUGAUCCUGAUAAUAUAGUGUUUGGUGUUGCUGUAGGGGUAGAGCUAUACGCUGUGUAAUUGGUAACCAUAUCUAUAAUUUCUGAACAUAAACGUGUAGAUGCAAGAAAUCAUUUUGUGUAUUUUAUUUUUAUUUGUUAUGAGAUUGCAUUCAGUUUUCUUAAAUUCUUGAAUGGUAUUUUCUCUAUUUGAAAGCAUCUCGUAUUGAUUUUGGGUACUUGUAUGCUUCUUUAAAGUGCAGGCUGUUCUAGAAGUAAGUACUUGUGUAGCUCGAACUCGAUCAAAAUAGAACUCGUGUUACAUCUGUACAUAUCUAUGCUGCAUUUCAGGUUUUGGCUCGGCUUCUUUUCUUCAAAUGCAACAUUUCAGGAUGCUUGUGUUCCUAACCCAUGAUAUCUCACAUAAAGAUUCAACCUGAAUCUAUGUAAAUAUUGAAUUUUGUGGAUGGUAAUUGCCUACUCAUAUAUUGACCUUGUAUGAUCAUUGUUUGUGCAAUUGACUUACCUAUUGAAUUGGGAAAUCCAAUUUAUGAAUUGC